AUGUGCGCUUCACUACUAUCAAAUACUUUUCCUAGUGUUUGCUGUGAUCAACGUGCUUAUCAUCAGAUACUUCCAAUUUCUGCUUCAGUUAGUCCCCUUCCACCCUUUGUCAAUUACUUAGAGCACCGAGCUGUCAAAAACUACUCAGUUAUAUCUGACUUGCAGGCAAGUAUACAGCACAGAGAUUACAAUUUACGUAAUGUUCUCUUAUCUCGCUGUGCAAUUCGUGAUUUGGUUUGUUGUAAUUAA